UCCCCCGCCCUCCUCCCCUCCGGUCCUGUCUCCAGCGGGAGCGCGAGACGCUGGUCAGGCUCCGCGGCGCAGCUCGAAAAUGAAUAAUCGCCCCCAAUUGACUUAAAUUCCACCGAAGCCGGCGCCGCGGCCGCCCGCCGCCCGGGAUCUGCUCGCUGUGAUUUUUGAUUUCUCCAUUCUUCCUUAAAAAAAAAAAAAGCAAAACAAAACCAGCCAGCCAGCCAACCAAGACUCCGGUUUGUUGAUCGCCUUUUUUUUUUUUUCACCGUUUGCGGGAUUUGCAAACCGAGUUACAUGCAUGUCCAGUGGGGGUAGGUUUAAUUUUGACGAUGGAGGGUCCUACUGUGGAGGCUGGGAGGACGGCAAGGCGCACGGCCAUGGCGUCUGCACCGGCCCCAAGGGCCAAGGCGAAUACACCGGCUCGUGGAGCCACGGCUUUGAGGUACUGGGCGUCUACACCUGGCCCAGUGGCAACACGUACCAGGGCACUUGGGCGCAGGGCAAGCGCCACGGCAUCGGCCUGGAGAGCAAGGGGAAGUGGGUGUACAAGGGCGAGUGGACGCACGGAUUUAAGGGGCGCUACGGGGUGCGGGAGUGCACGGGCAACGGGGCCAAGUACGAAGGGACCUGGAGCAACGGGCUGCAGGACGGCUACGGCACAGAGACCUACUCGGAUGGAGGGACCUACCAGGGCCAGUGGGUCGGCGGCAUGCGCCAAGGCUACGGCGUGCGGCAGAGCGUCCCCUACGGCAUGGCGGCGGUCAUCCGCUCGCCCCUGAGGACGUCCAUCAACUCCCUGCGCAGCGAGCACACCAACGGCGCCGCUCUGCACCCCGACGCCCCUGCCGCCGUGGCCGGCAGCCCUGCCGUGUCCCGGGGCGGCUUCGUGCUCGUGGCCCACAGCGACUCCGAGGCCCUCAAGGGCAAGAAGAAGGGGCUGUUCCGGCGCUCGCUGCUGAGUGGGCUGAAGCUGCGCAAGUCCGAGUCCAAGAGCAGCCUGGCCAGCCAGCGCAGCAAGCAGAGCUCCUUCCGCAGCGAGGCGGGCAUGAGCACGGUCAGCUCCACGGCCAGCGACGUCCACUCCACCAUCAGCCUGGGCGAGGGGGAGGCCGAGCUGUCGGUCGUCGAGGAUGACAUCGACGCCACCACCACCGAGACCUACGUGGGCGAGUGGAAGAGCGACAAGCGCUCGGGCUUCGGCGUGAGCCAGCGCUCCGACGGGCUCAAGUACGAGGGCGAGUGGGCCAGCAACCGGCGGCACGGCUACGGCUGCAUGGCCUUCCCCGACGGCACCAAGGAGGAGGGCAAGUACAAGCAGAACGUCCUUGUGAGCGGCAGGCGCAAGAGCCUCAUCCCGCUGCGCGCCAGCAAGAUCCGUGAGAAGGUGGACCGGGCCGUGGAGGCGGCCGGGCGGGCGGCCACCAUCGCCAAGCAGAAGGCGGAGAUAGCGGCCUCCAGGACCGCCCACUCCCGGGCCAAGGCCGAGGCGGCGCUCACCGCAGCUCAGAAGGCCCAGGAAGAAGCGCGCAUCGCCAGGAUCACUGCCAAAGAGUUCUCCCCUUCCUUCCAGCACAGGGAGAACGGGCUCGAGUACCAGCGGCCGAAGCAUCAGCUUUCCAGCGACGACAUCGAGGUGAUCUCCACGGGGACGCCCCUGCAGCAGGAGAGCCCUGAGCUAUACCGCAAAGGCACCACCCCCUCGGACCUGACCCCCGACGACAGCCCCCUGCAGAGCUUCCCCGCCAGCCCCACAGCCACCCCGCCCCCGGCCCCCGCCUCCAGGAACAAGGUCGCCCACUUCUCCCGGCAGGUCUCGGUGGACGAGGAGCGAGGCGGGGACAUCCAGAUGCUCCUGGAGGGCCGGGGAGGGGACUACGCCCGGAACAGCUGGGGCGAGGAGAGGGCAGGGGGCUCCAGGGGCAUCCGGAGCGGUGCCCCCCGCGGCGGCCAGCCCGCGGACGACUUCCGCGCCCGGGGCUCAGGCCACAAGCAGCCCAGCAACCCCAGAGCCCGGGAGCGGCGGACGGAGUCCCCCCCCACCUUCUCCUGGACUUCCCACCCCCGGGCCAGCAACCCCGGCCCUGCGGGCACUAAGCUGCUGGAGCUGGACGAGGAGAAGCUGAGCAACUACGAGCUGGAGAUGAAGCCCCUGCUGCGGAUGGACUCAUACGCACAGGAGCCGCACCCCCCGAAGAGACGCUACAGCAAGGGGGGCGCUGGCCGGGGCCCCGGGGAGGACCCCCGUGCUGAGAGACUGCGGCCCAAGGCCCAGAGCAGGGAGCAUGCCCGGCUGGCCUCGUGCACGGAGCCCGCGGUGCAGAGGCUGGAGAGCCUGCGGCUGGGGGACAGGCCCGAGCCCCGGCUGCUGCGCUGGGACCUGACCUUCUCCCCGCCCCAGAGGUCCUCACCUGCCGCGCUGGAGUCGGAUGAGGAGACGGGGGACGAGCUCAAGGCUAGCACGGGCUCUGCACCCAUCCUGGUCGCCAUGGUGAUCUUGCUGAACAUCGGAGUCGCCAUUUUGUUUAUUAACUUUUUCAUCUGACGAGGCUGUCGCGUUGGCAGAAACAGCUGGGGUAUAAACGGGGAUGUUAAAAGCAAGACAGCGGACAGGAAGCUCGGAGCUCGGACGGCCGACGGCUACGUCCGAGUCUUCACAGAACCACGUGACUGGGUAUUACUCACAGUUUGCCUUUUUUUCUGGAUAAUGUUUUUUGGAUUUUAGCCAAAACUCUGCUUGUAUAACACUAUGCUGUGUGGCGUGGCAAAGAGGCCCGCACGCCGACCCUCCAGCUUGACGUGGAAGGAAAAGGGGUCCUGGCAAACCGUCGGCAAAAACACACAAUGGCCCUCCCCAUCAUCACACUCCCCUCUGGGAUGGGGAGCCGCAGGCAGACCCUCGGGGCCCGGCUGGGCCAGGCGCGGGCAGCGGGCGGGGGGUCGGAAACUCUGCUUGUCCUCAGCUCUGGAGGAGCGGGUGACGGGGGCGGGCGUGAGGGCGGGGAGGGCAGAGCCGGGGCCUUCUCCCUCUGAUCUGUGCUGCACACUUAGGG